AUGACAAAAUACUCCAAGUUUAUGAGAGAUAUCCUUACUCCCAAAAGGAAGAUUGAAUCCAUUCAACAAGUCAACUUAAGUGAAGAAUGCUCGGCCGUACUCCUCAAUAAGCUCCCCAAAAAGAAGAUUGAUCCCGGAAGCUUCACCAUUCCUUGCUCUAUUGGAGGAUCUUCAAUAAGCAAUGCACUAGCCGACUUAGGGGCUAGCAUUAAUCUAAUGCCAACCUCCAUCUUCAAUCGACUUGGGUUAGGCAAGCCACACCCUACAAGGAUGAGCAUACAACUUGCGGAUAGGUCGGUAAAAUACCCUCAAGGUGUCGUAGAAAAUCUAUUGAUAAAGGUCGGAGAAUUUGUUUUCCCGGCCGACUUUGUGAUCUUAGACAUGGAAGAAGACACCGAAAUCCCGCUCAUAUUAGGAAGACCCUUCCUUGCCACCGCACGGGCCAUGGUGGAUAUGAGCGUUGGAAGAUUAACAUUGAGGGUUGGUGAAAAGGAGAUCAAGUUUGAAAUGGGACAACGAGCAGAGGAUGAUCUGAUCAACUACAUCAAGACAGUAGACUGGAGCUUAGACUAG